AUGUACGACUUGUUUAUUAUAGGAUGUUUAAUUGUAUUUGUUGUUAUAUGUGUAUCACUAUUAACAUUGCAAAAUAUUCAUGUUGUUAUUUUACGUAAUCCUCGAUUCACACUUGAUAAUAUCGAUACUCGAUUAUCUCGUAUUUUAUUAAAUCGUACACUAACUCAAAUAUUUCUCAAUUCAACAUUAUGUGGCAGAAUCAUUACUAAUCCAUCGAAAGUAUCUCUGACUGAAAUUAAUCAGGCCAAUUUGGAUCUAUUUAACAAAUAUGGUCAAAUAAAGAAUAAAAAUUAUUUUGAGAUAACAUGUCAACAAUUUAUUGAUGAAAAUAAAUUUUAUAAAAAGUCUAUAACAAAAAUGGAAUAUAAUUUUCCACUUGCAUUUUCGAUACUCAUCUACAAAGAUUUAUAUCAGUUUCAAGUAUUACUAAGAACAGUUUAUCGUGAACACAAUUAUCAUUGUAUUCAUGUUGAUUUACAUGCACCGAAAUAUUUAUAUUAUUAUGCACAAAAAGCGAGUAAAUGUUUAAAACAUGUUUAUGUAACACCAAAACGAAUUAAAGUUGCAUGGGGUACAUACUCAACAUUAGAAGCAGAAAGAAUUUGUCAAGUGUAUCUAUUAGAAAGAUUUAAAUCGUGGAAAUAUUACAUGAAUUUAGCUGGCACCGAAUUACCUAUUCAUACAAAUUAUGAACUUGUUCAAGUUUUAAAAUUACUCAAUGGUCGAAACGAUGUCAUAUCACAUCCAAAUUCUAAUCCUCAACGACAUCGACGAAAACGUGCAAAAAUUCCAAUACCAUUCCAGAUGCGUUUGUGGAAAGGUGAAUUUCAUGUAACCUUAUCUCGAGCAUUUGUCGAAUAUAUUUAUCAAAGUCCAAUGGCCAUGGAACUUUUAUUUUGGUUAAAUAAUACGGGUGUACCGGAUGAAUAUUUUUACAAUAGUUUAAAUCGGUUAUCCGAUUUUCCCGGUCAUUCAAAUGUUGGAUAUAAAAUUGAUCAAUUUUUAACACGUUAUAAAGUAUGGAAAUAUUCGACAAAAUUUUCUUGUAAAUCAGCCAUUUAUAUCAAUAGUAUUUGUCAAUUAAAUUGGAAAGAUUUACAACGUGUUACGAAUAGUAAACGGUUAUUUGCAAAUAAAUUUAAUCAAAAUAAAGAUUUUUUGAGUAUUGACUGUAUGGAGCAAUGGUUACAAGUGAAAACUGAUGAUCGCAUGUUGAUUAAUCCAUAUGACUAUACUCGGUAUCCGCCUGUGUGGACAGGCUACACAGAAUUAAUGGCAAGUGAACGACAAAGAAUAGAAGAAAAACAAGCAUUUGAAGAUUAA